UUUAAUUAGAAUUCUAAUCCCAACUUUGCCCAUCUUCUUGCCAAGUCAGCAGCCAGCAUUUCUGUCUGUGGUUCUGGUGAUUUUGCUGUGAUGACAUACGUAGUUACCUCAGAAACUCUUGCAAAUGGGCCUAAGACUUCAAUAUGCUCACCAGAUGCUUUCAUCAGGCUUGGCAGAGUGCCGCCUUUGGCCUAUGUUUUCAGAGGUAUCUCCUCCACCAUCACCACCUUUCUGUUGGGAGGGGGACGUUGGAGAGAGCUCAUGAUGAAAACCGAACUGAUUACAAAUGACAAAACUCGUUCAUCACAGCAGAGAUCUUUCCAAACGAUUUCUGUUUUCCAGGUAGCUGAGUGGGAUUUCUGAGGGGCUGCUCUGCCUUCACCUGGCCCAACCAUGAGGUUCUUCCUGCCUUGUGCCUACACGCUGCUGCUCCUGAUUUCCCAGUUGAGGGCAGUCAGCUUUCCUGAAGAUGAUGAACCCCUUAAUACUGUGGACUAUCACUAUUCAAGGCAAUAUCCAGUUUUUAGAGGACGCCCUUCAGGCAAUGAAUCACAGCACAGGCUGGACUUUCAGCUGAUGUUGAAAAUUCGAGACACACUUUAUAUUGCUGGCAGAGAUCAAGUUUAUACAGUAAACUUAAAUGAAAUCCCCAAAACAGAAGUAAUACCAAACAAGAAACUGACAUGGCGGUCAAGACAACAGGAUCGAGAAAACUGUGCUAUGAAAGGGAAGCACAAAGAUGAAUGCCACAACUUUAUUAAAGUAUUUGUUCCAAGAAAUGAUGAGAUGGUUUUUGUUUGUGGCACCAAUGCAUUUAAUCCCAUGUGUAGAUACUAUAAGUUGAAUACCUUAGAGUAUGAUGGAGAAGAAAUUAGUGGCCUGGCAAGAUGCCCAUUUGAUGCCAGACAAACUAAUGUUGCCCUUUUUGCUGAUGGGAAGCUGUAUUCUGCCACGGUAGCUGACUUCUUGGCCAGUGAUGCUGUUAUUUAUCGAAGCAUGGGUGAUGGAUCUGCUCUUCGUACGAUUAAAUAUGAUUCCAAAUGGAUCAAAGAACCACACUUCCUGCAUGCCAUAGAAUAUGGAAACUACGUCUAUUUCUUCUUCAGAGAAAUUGCUGUAGAACAUAAUAACUUAGGCAAGGCUGUCUAUUCCCGUGUGGCCCGCAUAUGUAAAAACGACAUGGGUGGCUCCCAGCGGGUCCUGGAGAAACACUGGACUUCGUUUCUGAAGGCUCGGCUUAACUGUUCCGUCCCUGGAGAUUCGUUUUUCUACUUUGAUGUUCUUCAGUCCAUUACAGACAUAAUACAAAUCAAUGGCAUCCCCACGGUGGUAGGGGUGUUUACCACACAGCUCAACAGCAUUCCUGGUUCUGCAGUCUGUGCGUUUAGCAUGGAUGACAUUGAAAAAGUAUUCAAAGGACGGUUUAAAGAACAGAAAACUCCAGAUUCCGUCUGGACAGCGGUUCCUGAAGACAAAGUACCAAAGCCAAGGCCGGGCUGUUGUGCAAAGCACGGUCUUGCCGAAGCUUAUAAAACCUCCAUCGAUUUCCCGGAUGAAACCCUGUCAUUCAUCAAAUCCCACCCCCUGAUGGACUCGGCCGUCCCGCCCAUCGCCGAGGAGCCGUGGUUCACAAAGACUCGGAUCAGGUGGUUUGGAGGGUGGACAGUGAUACAUUUAAAAAUAAUUCAGCCCUUGUUUGUCACGUGCAAUGCUGAAAAUGAAGAGGACAGAAAGGUCAUCUCAUUACAGUUGGAUAAAGACCAUCAUGCUUUAUAUGUGGCGUUCUCUAGCUGCGUUAUCCGCAUCCCCCUCAGUCGCUGUGAGCGUUAUGGAUCAUGUAAAAAGUCUUGUAUUGCAUCUCGAGACCCAUACUGUGGCUGGUUAAGCCAAGGGGCCUGUGGUCGAGUGAGCCCAGCGAUGCUCGCUGGAGGAUUUGAACAGGACACAGAAUAUGGCAACACGGCCCAUCUAGGGGACUGCCACGAAAUUUUGCCUACUUCAACUACACCAGAUUACAAAAUAUUUGGCGGUCCAACAUCUGGUGUACGAUGGGAAGUCCAGUCUGGAGAGUCCAACCAGAUGGUCCACAUGAAUGUCCUCAUCACCUGUGUCUUUGCAGCUUUUGUCUUGGGUGCAUUCAUUGCAGGUGUGGCAGUCUACUGUUACCGUGACAUGUUUGUUCGGAAAAACAGAAAGAUCCAUAAAGAUGCAGAAUCUGCCCAGUCAUGCACAGACUCCAGUGGAAGUUUUGCCAAGCUGAAUGGUCUCUUUGACAGCCCAGUCAAGGAAUAUCAACAGAAUAUCGAUUCUCCCAAAUUAUAUAGUAACCUGCUGACCAGUCGGAAAGAGCUGCCACCCAAUGGAGAUACCAAAUCCAUGGUCAUGGACCAUCGAGGCCAACCUCCAGAGCUGGCUGCUCUCCCCACACCUGAGUCUACACCCGUGCUUCACCAGAAGACGCUGCAGGCCAUGAAGAGCCACUCAGAAAAGGCCCAUGGCCAUGGAGCUUCGAGGAAAGAAACCCCUCAGUUUUUUCCUUCUAGUCCUCCACCACAUUCCCCACUAAGUCACGGGCAUAUCCCCAGUGCCAUUGUUCUUCCUAAUGCUACCCAUGACUACAACACUUCUUUCUCAAACUCCAAUGCUCACAAAGCUGAAAAGAAGCUUCAAAACAUUGACCACCCUCUUACAAAGUCAUCCAGUAAAAGAGAUCACCGGCGUUCUGUGGAUUCCAGAAAUACCCUCAAUGAUCUCCUGAAGCAUCUAAAUGACCCAAAUAGUAACCCCAAAGCCAUCAUGGGAGACAUCCAGAUGGCCCACCAGACCCUAAUGCUGGAUCCCGUGGGACCUAUGUCUGAGGUCCCACCCAAGGUCCCUAACCGAGAAGCAUCUCUCUAUUCUCCUCCCUCAACUCUUCCCAGAAAUAGCCCAACCAAGAGAGUGGAUGUCCCCACCACUCCUGGAGUCCCGAUGACUUCUUUGGAAAGACAGAGGGGUUAUCAUAAAAAUUCCUCCCAGAGGCACUCUAUAUCGGCUAUGCCUAAAAACUUAAGUUCACCAAAUGGUGUUUUGUUAUCUAGACAGCCUAGUAUGAACCGUGGAGGGUACAUGCCCACCCCUGCAGGGGCAAAGGUGGACUAUAUUCAGGGAGCACCAGUGAGUGUUCACCUACAGCCUUCCCUCUCCAGACAGAGCAGCUACACCAGUAACGGCACCCUCCCCCGGACGGGACUAAAGAGGACACCGUCCUUAAAACCUGACGUGCCGCCAAAGCCUUCGUUUGUUCCUCAAACCACCUCUGUCAGACCACUGAACAAAUACACGUACUAGGCCUCAAGUCUGCCCUUCCUCGUGUGGCUUUAUCCUGUCUAUGUUGUUGAGAGGAUGAUAUGGUAAGGGUACCUUAAGAGACUCGCUUGUAUUUCAAGAGAACCAAGUGGCCAAAGAAACUCUUCCUGACUUUGGCAACAUCAGAACUUGCCAUAUGUAGCUACUUCAGCAAGGCUUCUGUGUACUUGCCUGAAAACAAAGGAAGGUGCUGGUCAUUCCGUUUCUUUUGUUUGAAGCUAAAGAGACGUGUGGCUCUGAGGGGCUACCUGUAACCCGUAUAAAGAGCUGAUACAGUGCUCAGAAGAAUCUGUCUGUGAGCAAAUACUUGAAAAUGGGUUCAACUUAGACUGCCAUUUUGUGUGGUCUUCCCAUUAAAUGUGAACAUUUUAAUAUGUAUGCAUUCACCUUGCCUCUUGCACAAAUGUCAAAAAAAAAAAAAAAUGGUAAUGUCUCAAAGAAACGAACUUGUAGAUUACCAAACAAUUUGCUAAAACUUCAGUCUUUGACCCAAACUGUAGCAUCUUUUUCAUGUGUGGCAUUUUUUUCCAUGCCACCAAGAACUGUGUUGCGUGUGCGUGUGUGUGUGAGUGUGUGUGAGUGUGUGUGUGUUCUGUCCCCACGAGCAUUUAUUUGUUUAGGUGCCCAUUGCAUCUUUUUGUGCUAUGGAGUUGUUUACAUCGCGCAUGACUGAACUAGAGACAAUAAUUUCUUCCCACAGCAGUCCAUUGGGUUCAGCUUUGAGAAGGAAAACCAAGGCUGAUUUUGACAGUCAAAAUGAUUAACUCGACUUCCAUGUUACCCAAUGCCAGAAUGUAAGAGUACUAAGUAAUUCUGUGCUGCUAUUCACUGAAACUUCUAUUACAGUCUUGCCAGCUUAAGGAGAUAGAGAUGUUAAGCGGUAUCCUUGAUUUAUCCACCAGUUUCAGUAGUAAAAUUCACCAGUCCACUGUGAAUCCAAGCCCCAAUGACUUUAUUAACCUUGGACACACUAACAAGGUUUUAUUUUUAUUGUGUUUGGUUUCUCCCCUGUGGUAAAAUUCCUCUUGUUUUAAUUCCCCUCUAACCCCAAGAUGGGGGGAAAAAAAAGAACCACACACACACAAAACAGAAGACAAAAGAAGGGAAUGUGAGAGGGUCAUAAUUGGCUUAACAGAAACAGUCUAUGAAAACCUAACAGUGGUGUAAUCAUGUUGUCUAUGUUGUGUGAUGUGAGAAUUUUCUCCUAAAUCAUGCAGGUAACGACAGUAUACUGUAAAUAUUACAUGUGAGUUUACCUGAAUCUGUGCAUUUUGUGCCUUAUUCAUGAAAAUGAUAGAAGUACUCAAAUAUGUCAAGUGUUUUCAGUAUAGCACAUCAUUUACUGAGUGCCAGUUGUACAUGUUUUUCAACCAGCACCUGAAAAGACUUUUCAAAAAAAUCGUAACAACAACCUAGAACAAUUAACUGUAAAACAAUCCAUCCAGAUAGCCGCAUUACAUCCUUUGCCAUGAUAAACAUUCCACUCCUGCUUUCACUAAGGAUGAAUCAGUGAUAAUGUGAAGUCAAAUGAGGUUUCCCGGGUAAUGUGACACCUGCAGAAACCAUAUAGAGUCAUUUAUUCAUAGUUUUGCAGAAGCCACUUACAGUUGAUGAUGUGCAACCCUGACGACUGUUUCAGUUAAUAUGCUGCACACCACGGUUUAUUGAACCUCAUCUAGAAAGUAUCAAGGCAGAGGAAUGCUCCUGACUUAGUCAGACAAAUAAGUUCAACUGAUUUCCUGUGAUAAUAUCUAUUACUUGGGGGAGAAUGGGUUGCAAAAGACCAGAGCAUUUUUAUACAGAAUGUAGAAUACGGAUGCAGUUAUUCUUUUUCUUUGAGAAUAUUGUUUUAUAAAGAACAUGAUUCCCUGAGGUCUCUGGAAGCUCAAAAUCUAAAACUUCUGUUUUUGCAACACGUCAGCUUUGAAACUAAAAUAUUACCGAUUGAUAAUAAAUUAAACCAACCAACGAUAAACACUACUCAGUUCUCCGCCUUCAAACCUGUUUGAAUUCACCCUGCCAAUAUUAAUCCCGGCGUGCAGAAAAUGGAACAGUAACUGUAUGUGAACCCGGAUAACAUUUUGUAACAUUGUGCUGCCUUGUAGUUUGUAAUGUGAGUUCUAUCAGUAUUUAUGUUGAGAUUUCUAACAUAAAAUCUAGUCUCUAUCCUGUUAAUUUAAUUUUUAAAUGCUUUAUUCAUUUGUGCAAAGGUAAACACAGAUUGUAUCUUUUUUAAUGGUACGGCAUAAAAAGUAACCCUAAAGUGAAGUGGCUCUAUACUGUUUUAUAGAGUACUUUAACAUGUAUAGCUAUCUUGUAAACUUGUAUUGUGGAUGUGUAAAUAAUAUGUACUUUGGGUUUUUAACACCGCAUGUAAAGUCAAAAUAAAAUAUACAAAUCAUUAUA